AUGGAUGCUUUGGGUCUUCUGAAAAUUCGCGUCAUCCGAGGCAUCAAUCUCGCCGUUCGCGACACGAGGACAAGCGAUCCAUACGUUGUUGUCGAAUGUGGCUCGCAGAGGGUGAAGACCGGAGUCGUGAAGGACAACUGCAACCCUGUCUGGAAUGAAGAGCUGACCAUUUACAUCAAGGACCUAAAUGCCCCCAUCACUCUCUCCGUGUAUGACAAGGACACGUUCACCAACGAUGAUAGUAUGGGAAAUGCAAAAAUCGACAUAAAACCUUUAAUAGAGUGUGUGAAGAUGGGGUUGCAAAGUCUCCCGGAGGGGACCAAAGUUGAAAGGGUUCAGCCAAGCCAUGGGAACUGUUUGGUGGAUGAGAGCUGUGUGGUGUGGAACAAGGGCAACAUGGUUCAGGACAUGAUUCUUAGGUUGAGGAAUGCCGAGUGUGGAGAAGUUCAGGUUCAGAUCGAGUGGCGUGAUCUUCCAGGUAGUAAUGUUCUUCAGGUUUAA